GCGGUUGAUUAGGGCUUCCUUGGGAUUUAAAGUGGGGACUUGAUUCAAUUUCGUGCUGGAUAGUAGAAAUGCUUUCUCACGAGGACAAGGACUAUGCAGAUGAGAAGUCAUCGUCAUUACCAUUGGCGCUGGAGGAGACAUCCCCUGUGGUGGUUUUUGCUCAUGGUGCCGGUGCUCCUUCCUCUUCCGAAUGGAUGAUCAGAUGGAAGAAAAUGCUGGGCAAGGCCUUGAAUGCUGCUGAAGUAGUUACCUUUGACUAUCCUUACAUAUCUGGUGGUGGUAAACGGAAGGCUCCUCCCAAGGCAGAAAGGUUGGUCGAGUUUCACUCGGAUAUUGUUAAAAAGACUGUUGCUAAGUACCCUGGGCAUCCGCUGAUUUUGGCAGGGAAAUCCAUGGGCUCAAGAGUCAGCUGCAUGGUAGCUAGCAAUGAAGAUAUUUGUGCUUCAGCUAUAGUUUGUUUGGGGUACCCACUGAAGGGGAUUAAUGGAGCAGUGCGAGAUGAGACACUAUUGCGAGUUACAGUUCCAACAAUGUUCGUGCAGGGUAGCAAAGACACGUUGUGUCCACUGGAAAAGCUGGAAGCUGUUUGCAAGAAGAUGAAAUCUUUAAUUGGUUUGCAUGUGAUUGAUGGUGGUGACCAUUCCCUCAAGAUUGCAAAGAAGCACCUUCAAACCAAGGUGUCAACCCAAGAUGAAGCUGAAGAUCUUGCUGUUCAGGCCAUUGCAGCGUUUAUGUCUAGGUCUAUUGCAGCGAAGUAAGACUUCAGUUGCAAAAGAUCUUUUUCAUUUGAAAGCAAUGCAACUAGUGCAUACCUGUGUUAUUUUGUCUAUGUUUCGUGUUGUCAGUGUUUUUUCUUCAUGUCUCGUAAUACUGACUGUUUAUAUUUCGUGUAAGUAUUGCUCUGUUUUAAUCUGCUUUUUCAUUCUAGAGCAUGGUUUCUUUGUCACCUAAAAUGUUAAAAUUCUUGCAAAAAUAUGUGCCAACCGUGCGAGUGCUUUGCUUUCUUUUUUGAUCCCAAAAUUUACAUGCCUUCUACACCAUCAUGUGUAGAAUUUUUUUUCGAGGUCUUAUAUGAUUAUCAUAGUAUUGAUUUUGUGAUGGAUGAUCUCUGGUUUUGGCUGCCCAAUUCAUCCAAAAUUCCUGCCUGGUAUGGUUGCAUGUUCAAUGGAGUAUGUUUGAUCUAAGUGGAACCAUACGAUAAUAGAUAACAUGCUCCAUGAAAUUUUAGAAGUGGUGAAAAGGGAUGGCAAAGUUCUUGUCAGCAAACAGACUUAUUAUUAAACACGUCAACUACAUAGGAUGCAGACCAACGAUGAAGCGGUAUCACUGGGAUUCUUAUUCUGAUGAGUCUUAUUUAAGUAUUAUUUAUUAUUAUCACUGGGCACCUUCAUUUGAUCCGAUCUCAGAUAACUGCUCCCCUUGGUUCUGCUU